CGCCGCCGCCGCUGACGGGGCUGGAUGGGGGGCCGGGGCCAGCCAGUGGCACCCAGGAAGAAGAGACGCGGCGGCGGCGACGCCGACACCCGCAGGGCGAGCGCCCCGAGCUGCCCGCGAGCUCCACGGGAAGGCGGCGAGGAACGGGCCCGGCCGCCCCGCGGGUAGAGACGCAGCCGGCCCCCUCGCCGCGCCAUGUUCAAGAAGCUGAAGCAGAAGAUCAGCGAGGAGCAGCAGCAGCUGCAGCAGGCGUUAAGCCCUGCCCAGGUUUCCUCCAGCUCUUCAACACCAACAAGGACUAGAAGCAGGACAUCUUCGUUUACAGACCAGCUUGAUGACGUGACACCCAACAGAGAGCUACUAGCCGGGAUGGUAGCAGAGCCUGCCUUUCUCUCUGAGUAUACUAUCUUUGCUUUGGAUUCCUCCAAACAGCCCAAAACACAGAGUGACAGUGUGAAUGCAUCCACUCCAGCUACAAAAUCUCCAGAUGGUGUUAAUAGAAGUGAAUCAUCUUCUCCUCAGUCAGGUGACACACAGACUUUUGCACAGAAGCUCCAGCUCCGAGUACCUUCAGUGGAGUCUCUGUUCCGAAGUCCCAUAAAGGAAUCUCUAUUCCGAUCUUCUAAAGAGUCUUUGGCCCGAACAUCUUCCAGAGAGUCCCUGAACCAAUUUGACCUGGACUGUUCUGCUGCCACCUUUGACCCACCUUCUGACAUGGAGAGCGAGGCUGAAGACACACCAGGGAAUUCAGACAGUCUCAACAGAGAGCAGUUGCUUCAGCGGUUACGAAGAAUGGAGCGAAGCUUAAGUAGCUACAGAGGGAAGUACUCAGAGCUUGUCACAGCGUAUCAGACUCUUCAGAGAGAGAAGAAAAAGCUACAAGGUAUAUUGAGUCAGAGUCAAGAUAAAUCACUUCGGAGAAUUUCAGAGUUAAGAGAGGAGCUGCAAAUGGACCAGCAAGCAAAGAAACAUCUCCAGGAAGAGUUUGAUGCGUGUCUGGAGGAGAAAGACCAGUACAUCAGUGUUCUCCAAACUCAGGUUUCUCUUCUAAAGCAACGAUUACAGAAUGGCCCAGUGAGUGUUGACACACUAAAACCUCUCCCUCCAGCGGAGCUGCAGCCAGAGGUGGACGCUGAAAGGGAGAAGACAGAGGAUGUCGGGGAGGCAGUGGGAGGUGGAGCUUCCGUUAAAACCCUGGAAAUGCUCCAGCAAAGAGUGAAACGUCAGGAGAAUCUGCUUCAGCGUUGUAAAGAAACCAUCCGGUCUCAUAAGGAGCAGUGCACACUUCUGAUGAGCGAGAAGGAAGCCCUGCAGGAGCAGCUGGCUGAAAGGCUGCAGGAGCUGGAGAAGAUGAAGGAGCUUCAUAUGGCUGAGAAGACUAAACUUAUCACUCAGUUGCGUGAUGCAAAGAACUUAAUUGAACAGCUUGAACAAGAUAAGGCAAUGGUUAUAACAGAGACAAAGCGGCAGAUGCAUGAGACCCUGGAACUGAAAGAAGAAGAAAUUGCUCAGCUUCGUAGUCAUAUCAAACAGUUGACUACCCAGGGAGAGGAAUUGCGGGAACAGAAGGAAAAGUCUGAAAGAGCUGCUUUUGAGGAACUUGAAAAAGCCUUGAGUACAGCCCAAAAAACUGAAGAAGCACAGAGAAGAAUGAAGGCAGAGAUGGAUGAACAGAUGAAGGCUGUUGAGAGAGCAAGCGAGGAGGAGCGCCUCCGUCUUCAGCAGGAACUGAGUCGAGUGAGACAGGAGGCCAUCAGCACGGUGGAAAAGACCUCAGAAGAACAACUCACUGAGCUUAAGAAGCUGCAUGCAGUGGAGCUAGCCAGCAAGGAGCAGGAGCUGACCAGGGAGCUUGAGGCCCGAGAAAGGGAGCUGCGUGAGCAGAUGAAGAUGGCUCUUGAAAAGAGUCAAGCAGAAUAUUUGAAGCUCACCCAAGAAAAAGAACAGCAAGAAUCCUUGGCUCUAGAAGAGUUAGAGCUGCAGAAAAAAGCAAUUCUUAGAGAGAGUGACAAUAAACUCCAGGAACUUGGUCAAGAAGCAGAGGCUUACCGAACUAGAAUUCUUGAAUUGGAAACCGUUUUGAAAGAAAGCAGAGCUCAGUCUGAGCACUGGGCUGCCCGUCUGGAAGCUGAGAAGAAGAAACACAGUGUGGAGCUCGCUGCACUGGCUGAGAAGUACAGGACGGAAGUGGAGGGCCUGCAGCAGCAGCACCGGGCUGCAGUGGAGGAGCUCCGAGAGAAGCAAGAGCAGGAAAAAGACGCCUUACUACAGGAGAAGGAGAGUCUUUUCCAGGCCCACGUACACGACAUGAAUGAAAAGACCUUGGAGAAGCUGGACGUGAAGCAGUCAGAACUGGAGUCCCUGUCCUCUGAGCUGUCAGAAGUCCUGAAAGCCCGGGACCAGCUCGAAGGGGAGCUCUCUGCCCUACGGACUGAUGCAGGUAAAAUGAAGGAGGCUUUAGAGGCCGAGCUGGAGGAGCAGAGGCGUCAGCACCAGCGCGAGGUGCACAGCAUCAGUGAGGAGCAGGAAGUUACUGUCCGGAGAACAGAGAAGGCAUUAAAAGACGAAAUCAAUCAGCUGGGGCUUCUCCUGAAGGAGAAAGAUGAGCAGCUGAAAGAGCGUCAGGCUCGCAUAGAAGAUCUUGAAGCUCACCUUCAGAAGUCUGCUGGCGAGCUCCAGCAGGCCUCCACCCAGCUGGACCUCCUCCACUCACAACAGAGCACCGCGCAGAAGCACACAGGGGCACAUGAGGAGCAGCUCGCCCAAAUGCAGCAGAAGCUGUUGGAGCUGGAAACAGAGAAAAGCCUUCUUACCCAGCAGGCAGCUGAAAUGGAAGCACAGAUAAAGCACGUGUGUGUAGAAUUAGAAACUCAGAGAGCACAGGUGCAGCAGCUUGAGAGGCAGAAGAGUGAGCUGGAGGAGGAGGUCAGGUCGUUAGCCCAGCUCCACGAGUCACAGCUCAAGGACAGCAACGCAGAGAAGGAGCGGGCAAGGCAGAUCCUGAUGGAGAAGGAAAACUUUAUUUUACAAAUGAGAGAAGAACAGACCAAAGAAAUUGAGAUCCUCAAACAGAAAUUGUCUUCUAAAGAAGAGAACAUUAGUAUUUUGCAUGAGGAAUAUGAAACUAAAUUUAAAAAUCAGGAAAAAAGGAUGGAAAAAAUUAAGCAGAAAGCAAAAGAAAUGCAAGAAACAAAGAAAAAGCUGUUGGAUCAGGAAGCCAAACUUAAAAAGGAGCUUGAGAACACUGUCCUCGAGCUCAGCCAGAAGGAGAGGCAGUUCAACACCCAGAUCCUGGAGAUGGCCCAGGCUCACUCAGCAGGGGUCAGUGACGCGGUGUCCAAACUGGAGGAGAACCAGAGGCAGCAGAUAGAGAGCCUGACUGGGGCUCACCAGCGAAAACUUGAUGAUGUCAUGGAGUCCUGGGAAAAGAAACUGAGUCAGCAAGCUGAAGAACUUCAGGACAAGCACCAGAGGCAGCUAGAGGAGAGGGAACAGGAGUUAGCAGAGCUGAAGCAGAAGAUCCUCACGGUGCAGUCUGAGAAAGAGGAGGUGACCCAGGAAGUGAGCAGGCUGACAGAGGCGGCCACUAAGCAGGCCUUGGUCCUGGCCGCUCUGCAGGAGCAGCUGGAACAGAAGUCGGCUGACAUUGCUUCCCUUUCAGAGAAUGAAACACAGUUGAAAUCACAAGUUGAAAAGCUGGAAGCUGAUUUUGGUUGUUCUCUGAAUGAAAAGGUUUCUCUUCAAGAGGAGCUAGCUGAGCUGAAAAUGCUGGCAGAAAAGGAUAAGUUGAGGGUUUCUGAGCUCACUGGCAAGCUGCAGGCUGCAGAGGAGGAGCUCCAGGGCUGGAAGUCAUUGCAUGAAAGCAGCAAGAAGAGCCUGGAAGACAGAAGCUUGAGCCUCAAAACUGUGCUUGAGGAACUAGCAUCUCAGCUAGACAGUCGCUGUGAGAAAAGUAAAGCUUUGUUAGAAGCCAAAACACAGGAGCUACUCAGCAUUAGCCAGGACAGGACUGAUGCCAUGUUCUCUAGGCUGUCCCGCUGUCAACAGCACGUGGCCACAGUCAGGGAGGCACUGCUCCUGAAAAUGCGCCAAGUUUCUGAGUUGGAAGCACAACUUACCCAGCUGACAGAGGAGCAGCAUACACUAAAGGGCUCUUUUCAACAGCUAACCCAUCACUUGGAAGAAAAAGAAAAUCAGAUUAGGACCAUGAAAGCAGAUAUUGAAGGUCUUGUCACAGAAAAAGAAGCCUUACAGAAGGAAGGGGGCCAGCAACAGCAGGUGGCCUCCGAAAAGGAGUCAUGCAUCACCCGGCUGAAGAAAGAGUUAUCGGAAAACAUCAAUGCCGUGACACUCCUGAGAGGAGAGCUUUCAGAGAAGAACUCUGAGGUUGACAGUCUUCACAAGCGGCUCAGUGAGCUCAGUGAGCUCAGCCAGAGUGACAAAGCAGCAGCCGUGGCAUCACUGAACAGGCAGCACGAGGAGCAGCGGCUGGAGCUGCAGGGUCAGCUGCGAGACCUGACAGUGAGAGUGGACGCUCUGAGUAAAGAGAAGGUAUCUGCUCUUGAGCAGGUGGAUCAUUGGUCCAACAAGUUCUCAGAAUGGAAGCGGAAAGCACAGCCCCGUUUUGCGCAGUACCAAAGCACUAUUAAAGACCUGCAGGCACAGCUUGACGUAAAAGCCAAAGAAGCCAGUGGGAAGGACGAGCAGAUCCAUUUACUGAAGGAAGACCUUGAUCAGCAGAAUAAAAGAUUUGAAUGUUUAAAGGGCGAGACACAAGACAGGCAGAGCAAGAUGGAGGAGAAGGAGCGUGACUUAGAGACGGAGUUGAAGAUUCAGACUGCAAAGGUUGCUGAGUUAGAGGACUGUGUCACUCAGAGGAGAAAAGAAGCUGAGUCCCUGAAGGAAAGACUCAAGAGCCACAGCCAGCAGAAGGACGCGGAGCACAAGGAGCUGCUUCAGAAGCUUCAACACGUGGAAGAGGUGGCAGAGGAGAAAGACAACACGCUUAGGGAGGCUGAGGAAAAGGUCCUGAAACUAGAAAAGCACGUGUCCUCUCUGGAGGCCGAGCUUGGGAUCAUGAGAAAAGAACUAGAACAUGUAACUUCAGCUGGGAAGAGCAGAGACGAGGAGGUAAAGGCUCUAGAGGACAGGCUUGAGUUAGAAAGUGCUGCAAAGGUGGAGCUGAAGAGGAAGGCCGAGCAGAAGAUCGCAGCCAUCAGGAGGCAGUUACUGACUCAGAUGGAAGAGAAAAAACAGCAGUAUGAAAAAGAGACAGAAAGCCAGUUGAGUGAGCUGAGUGCAAAACUACAAGAAAGAGAGGAGCAAAUUCACAUCCUAGAAGAAAAAUGUAAAAUCCUAGAAAGUUCUCCACAGUCAGAAAUGUCAGUUGUGUCCCAAUCCACAGAAAAUAUGGCCGUGUCUCCCCAGCAAGAAGCAGCAGGUGGCCAAGGUUGCACACGGAAGGCGUGUGAAGAAAGGAUCUGCGCACUGCAAAGACGUUUAACUGAAAAGGAGAUGCUACUGCACAGGCUGGGGCAGGGGGAAGGUGAGGCGGCGGUGGCAGCAUCUCCAUCUGAAAUUCAGCACAGGGACCAGAAGCCCUCCAUAAAGUCCGGCCACACCAGAGGCGAGCAUCUGGAAGACCAGUGUGUGAUAGGAUGUCUUCAAAGAGAACUCGAAGAAAAGAUGAUGACGUGUUCCUUAGUUGUGUCCCAGCUCGAGGAAGAAAAAACUAGUAAAAACAAUGCAGGAGUGAAGCAGAAUUGGGCAAGUGUGGUUGACAGUGUCCAGAAAACUCUCCAGGAGAAGGAGCUGACCUGCCAGAGCCUGGAGCAAAAGAUAAAAGAGCUGGAGGCGGACCUCGUGAGAGAGAAGGAUGCACACAGACUUGAGAUGGAAAAAUUGACCUUAAAAUGUGAAAAAUCUCAAGCUUCACAGCAAGAGGUGGAUGGGAAAGACAAAUCUGCGGCAAUGUUGGAGGACAGUCCUGAGGAGGAAAACUCCAAGUCACACGUGACCCAGCUGGAAGUGGGGAAUAGCAUAGACAGCCAUCACAAUGACCUGCAGUCAAAGUUAAUGGGGGCAGAGCGGGAAAAGCAGAAGCUGGGCAAGGAGGUGGCCAGGCUGCAGAGAGAGCUUCGAGCCCUGAGAAAGGAGCAUCAGCAGGAACUGGACAUCCUGAAGAAAGAGUGUGAGCAGGAAGCGGAGGAGAAGAUCAAACAGGAGCAGGAAGACCUUGAGUUGAAGCACACGUCGACACUGAAGCAGCUGAUGCGGGAGUUUAACACACAGCUGGCACAGAAGGACCAGGAACUAGAGAGGACGGUCAAGGAGACCAUCGAUAAGGCCCAGGAGGUGGAAGCGGAGCUUCUGGAAAGCCACCAAGAAGAGACACAGCAGUUGCAUAGAAAGAUCGCAGAAAAAGACGAUGAUCUCAAAAGGACAGCCAGAAGAUACGAGGAGAUCCUUGAUGCCCGGGAAGAAGAAAUGACUGCAAAAGUAAAUGACCUGCAGACGCAGCUUGAGGAGCUACAGAGGAAAUACGAGCUCAGGCUGGAGCAAGAGGAGAGCGCGGAGAACACUAAUGUAACAGUUGUGGAGCUACAGACACAGCUAGCCCAGAAGACCACUCUGAUCAGCGACUCCAAGCUGAAGGAGCAGGAGUUGAGAGAGCAGGUCCAUAAUUUAGAAGACCGUUUGAAAAGAUAUGAAAAGAGUGUGUGUACAGCAACUGUGGGAACACCUUACAAAGGUGGCAAUUUGUACCACACUGAGGUCUCACUCUUCGGAGAACCUACUGAGUUUGAAUAUUUGCGGAAAGUGCUGUUUGAAUAUAUGAUGGGUCGUGAGACCAAGACCAUGGCCAAAGUUAUAACCACUGUCCUGAAAUUCCCUGAUGAUCAGGCCCAGAAAAUUCUUGAAAGAGAAGAUGCUCGGCUGAUGUUCACUUCAGCUCGCAGUGGCAUCUUCUGAUAACCAUCAGUCUGUGCUUAGUAAGCAUGUGUCAUGGCUCCGAACUUCAUCUUGAAGAAAUGAGGAGAGGGAGGUUGGGCAACUGCUGCUUGACAAGCUGUCCAUGUUUGCUGCUUUUGGAGAAGGGCGCUG